GUCACACCGCACACAAGCAGCACGGACUUAUUUGUAACAGCUGUUAUCUUGUUGUUCUCUUGCUGUACAGGUGUUUUGUUGUCUUUAUCACUUGGUCAAUGAGAAUGAACAUUGAUGAGUUAAAUGACGACUGUCUGUGCAUUAUCUUGGAGUACCUGCCGCUGCCCGAUCAAAUUGCCAUGGCGCGAAGCUCGUUGCGCUAUGAGCAGCUGCUGGGCGAGAUUGUGUGGAGAAAAGCUCGUUAUCGUGAAGUAUCCGUGUCGGAUGAUAUGUUGAAACCACUAAACAAAGAGGAUUACAUGUUCUUCUUUGAAGUGACGAGCGUCCAUAUGGAGAAACUGUACAUCUGGAAUGUACACGAAAAAGCAUUCGAUUCGUAUUUGGGGAGGCAUUUGUUGCGACCCGAGCUCGCAUUCUAUUUGGGAUUGAAGCUCACAAAUCUGCGCGAGCUGUGCGUCACGGAUGACUACAUGAACAACAGCAUGAUACAAAUUGUGAGCAAAAGUUGUCCCCAUCUACGUAGCUUAAGUGUAUCGAGCGCCUACAUAACGGGGCAGUUUAUGGUCGACCUACAUAAUUUGAAAACGCUCGUGGCAAGGGAAUGCUCCAUCGAGGCAUCGCACUUGGCUGACCUGCUCACACAGCUGCAGUUAACCACACUGGAUGUAACCGCCAAUAGAUAUAAUGUAGAGCAAACAAUACUACAAGCACCUGUACCUGGACUGUUACGUUUGCAACGUUUGGGCAUCUCGGAUGCAGAAGACUUCGGCUUUCGCAUCGGCGAACAGCUACCGGAGCUGAAAGAGCUAGUCGUAAGCUAUCAUGGCGCUAAGGCGGAAGAUUUGCGAGAUAUGUUGGACACCACAAGACAAUUGGUUGAAUCAUCCGACUCCAAAUUUCCAAAACGCCUGCAAUCGAUCAUGUGCAAUGUGGUUGAUGUGGAGGUAGCUCUAGAGCAGAUUACAGGUCUGGAAACUCGGUGUCCACGUGCCUCUCCACAGUUUUGUGAGCUUUUAAAAAUCAUUUACAAAUGCAAAUAGGACAUAUGUGUAGAAUGUUUCUUCUUUGAAGUUAUUUUUAAAGAUUUGCGAUUAGAUAUUCUAAUUUUGGCAAACGACACAAAGCGACGCAAGUACAGUGCAGACUUGCUUAAGUGAACCUUAUCUGAGUACAAUGAUCUGUGCUGAUUUAUCAGAGAUUUGACAAAACGACAAUGAAACAAACAUUCAAAGAAACUUUUCCAAAUUUUUACAA